CUUGAAAUUCACUUUUACUCAAAGGCAUUCUUGAAUUAAAGUUAACUUUAUUUAUAAGGUUGGUGCUAGCACGAGAAGUGAAGACAUCAAGUCAAUAGUCAGAUUUCUGUGGUAUAGCGCGAACGUUAAAUCAAAGAUAAAGAGAGUCUUCCGUCUGGCAAGGCUUCGCAAACAAACAAGAAAAAACACGUCAUCUGUGACGUGAAGACAGGUGAAUUUCACGAAGAGAGAUAACAACACUGGAGAUAAAUCCUGGAAAGCUAAACUACAGCGUUGAAAUAAGUAAACAURAAUUAAAUGGCUCACGAUUUGUUCUGAUAGAAUAAUAAGCUUUGGCUAACGUAAKUUGGAGGAAUUCAUUUAAACUCUUGGAUAAAGAUAUAAUUUGAAGAACAAUAGGAGGCACUUACGUAAUAGCGCCCAUGGUUUGGUGAGUAAGUAUAUUAGGGUUUACGGACAAGAACAUUGUUAUUCUUUUUGAUCUGCGCCAAAGCAAGAUGAACGUGACCGGUUGCCUUUACUUCCCUGUUCGUUCAUUCGAGGUUACACGGCUUAUCGUAGCCUCCAGUGUGUCUGCUAUAAGUUUAAAUGCCAUUAUGAUUAUUGUUGCGUCGAUUGGAAACGCUUUGGUAAUCAUGGCUAUAUUCAAGACAAGGGAACUUCGGACAACUGGAAACAUCUUGAUUUUAUUUCUUGCUGUAACAGAUUUUUUGGUUGGUAUUGUUGUGCAGCCAUUAUUUAUGGCAUUUGAACUUGCUACUAUACAUGCAAAGCCACCAAACUGCCCAGUCGUGGUCGUGUAUACAGUAACCCGGGCGUUAUGUUCGAUAUUGUCCUUGGUGACAGUACUGCUAGUGGGCCUCGAAAGAUCCCUCGCGAUAUUCAAGCCUUUAAAAUAUUCAAGUCUGGUCUCGAAGCGUCGCAUAGUCUCCCUUGUGUUAGGCAUUUGGUUAUUUUGGACUUUGAUAGUAAUGAGUCGAUUUAUUGGAGUCACAACGAAGAUCUUUCGCAUUACGGUCAGUAGUGUCAUCAUCACCUGUCAUUUUCUUACUGGGUGUGCGUACAUCCGUAUCGAGAGACUAGCAUCUAGGCAUGUAAAAAACAUCAAGGCACAGAUGGUCAGUGUAGCUAACAGCGCCAAUGGCCGUGCUUCGAAGUGCAAAAGAGAAAAACGAGCUCUCAGGACUACUACUCUUAUAGUAGGUUGCAUUUUACUCUGCUAUAUACCGAUUGUUGGGGUUCUAUUAGCAAACAUCUUGGCUCGACUCGAGGCACAGGUAUCACAUGUCAUGUUUACCUGGGCAGAUAGCUUUGCGUAUCUCAACAGCUCUUUAAAUCCAAUSAUCUACUGCUUGAGAAACGCCGAAUUUCGACGAGGGAUUUGGUCGAUUUUAAGGCUGAGGRAAAAAGAAAGAGACAAUCAAGUUGCUUUGGAAACAACUGGAAGAAUCACUCGCGCUACGACAAUGGAAAAUGUAGCAACGGCCAUGACAGGUGAAUCUCCAGUUCUGUUGCAAAUUARGUAUUUAGAGAAUACGACGAGGUAACUAUCCUUCCAAGACAGAAAUUGGAAUGAAACAGCAUUUACUUUUCAUGCAAAGAUAAUAUCAGCAAUUAUAUUCGUCAAAGGUGAAGCGAUUUUCGGUGAAUUCACCGAGACGAAGGCGAACCGAAAAUGACMUUCGUAGAAGAUAAGGAGGAAAACCGGAAAAACCUUCUCACCUCAAGAGAGUAAACAAAUAGAUCUGCUCAUAUAAUUAUGUUGGUUUAGUCUAGAUAGUCUAGAUAGCCCUAGGAACUAAACACAAAAUCAAGGAAAGAGGCAGUGCUUUCCUUGCGACAACGGAACCAAAGUGGGGAAAAAAAAAAAAAGAAAAAAAGGAAAAAAAAAAACGAAAAUGGAGAGUAAAAGUGCAACAACAAAGUUUGUAAUCAGCUUCGAAUUUUAGUCUUCGAAUAAAAAGAAAGCGUAUGUCAAUCUUGCAGAGAAAGUUUCUUUCAAGAUAUAUCAAACCCCAGCCCAACUGUCUACAGCCUCUUAAGGCCCGUUUACACAGGCGAUUUUUUCGGCGAUUCUUGCGGCGAUUCUCGUGCGAUCAUAAACUACCGGUGAUUUUGAGGCGAUAAAUUCAAGUCGCCGAUGAAUCGCCGCUAUUCUGAACACGUUCGAAUUUAUUGCGAUUUUUCGGUGAUAUUUUCUGCAAGAAUCGCAGUGGAAAUCGCACUGCAAAUCGCCGAAAAAAAUCGUUUUUGUAAAYGGGCCUUUAUAGCACAUGAAAUAUCAAAGAAAUCAGAAGCGAUUUCGAUUAUAGAGACACAGGUUGCUAGAUUUAGCUCGGGAAAGUCUCCCGUGAAAAAACUACCCCAGCUGC